AUACGGGAGCAGGAUGCGGGCCUUCCCCGCCUGAGCAUGCGUCAGGGGCGGGACUUCCGGCCUCUUCUGCCGGCGGCCAGUUUGCUUGGCGGCUCCGGCGGCGGAGUCGGCCCGCUGCUGCCGUUCCCUCGACCUCUGUCGGGGGCGAGGCUCCUCAUGGGGCAGUGAGGGAGGAAGGGGGCACCCGCCUAGCCAGCCAGGGUGCCCUCACACCUGUAGCCUUCAUUUCUGCGUCUCUCCUGUUGCGUGGCGGGCCGGGAACGAAAAGGUCCGAAGGAGACGCUGGCCCGCUGCACCGAGGCGCGUCCGAGGCUCCGUGACGCCCCCCGGUGGGCAUCGCGCCAGGCCCGGGAUACGGACCCGACGCCCGGGACCCCUCCUGUCCCGCCGCUCCCGGUCUCCUCUCCUCUCCUCCGGCUCCCGGCCCCGCUCCGCCCUCAGACCCCGAUGGCGGCUGCCGCGCUGAGGGACCCGCCUCAGGGUGGUGUGAGCUUUCUGGAUGUUGCCGUGCGCUUCUCCGGGAAGGAAUGGAGGCUCCUUGAUGAGGCUCAGAGACGCCUGUACCUCGAUGUGAUGCUGAAGAACUAUGCACUUGUAUCCUCACUGGGUUGCUGCUGUGGAGCUGGGGGUGAUGAGACAUCCUGUGAAGAGACUGUUCCCGAAGCGGUGACCCAGGCUGGGUCUCCUGAGGCCGCUUCGUCUUCCCAGAAGACCCACCCCUGUGAGAUGUGUGGUCCUGUUUUGAGAGACAUUUUCCAGGUGGCUGAGCAGCAAGGAACAGGACACAGCCAGAAACUGUUGAGGUGUGGGGCGUGUGCAACACAAUUCUAUAUACCUUUGGAAAGCAGUGUGCAAGGGGCUUCGUUUUUCAAGAGCCACAGAUUCCACGUGUCACAUGAUCCUUUUACUUCCGGGAAAAUCGUGGCCAAUGCCAGACCUCUGCAGCAACAGGCCACACCUACUGUGGAGAAGCCAAAUACAGCCACAGCUUUACAAAGCAGAAGUCGUCCCAUUUCAGGAGAAUGCGACAAAGCCCUCGGCCCUGAACACACACUUGUUCAGGACCAGGGUGUCGACACUGAAAGGCCACGCUUUGUGUGCAGUGAGUGUGGCAAAACAUUUAGGUACAAAGUCUCAUUUGUUAUGCACCAUAGAAUCCACUCUGGAGAAACGCUUCAUGUGUUUAACCAAUGUGGCAAAACGUUUAGGCAAAACUCAACCUUCAGUCAACAUGGGAAAAUGUAUACUGGUUCAAGACAGGACAAGUGCAGCAAAUGUGGGAAAUCCCUGAGCCACAAGUCUGACUUCAUUUAUCCCCAGAAAUUGCACAAUGGUGCAAGCAGCUCCAUGUGCAGUGACUGUGCAGGGUCUUUUUCCGAUAGGUCUGAGUUGAUUCCACGUGAGAGAGUUUUCUCUGGAGAAGGGUUUUAUAAGUGUAAUGACUGUGUGAAAUCUUUUAGCUGUAGGUCUGCCCUCAUUUAUCAUCAGAGAUCUCACACAGGAGAAAAGCCGUAUGAGUGCAGUGACUGUGGGAAAGCCUUUACCACUAACUCCUUCCUCCGUCGUCAUCAGAGAGUUCAUUCUGGAGAACGGCCUCAUGAGUGUAGUGACUGUGGGAAAUGUUUCAACUUGAAGUCUUCCUUCAUUUAUCAUCAGAGAUCUCACACAGGAGAACAGCCUUAUAAGUGCAGUCAUUGCGGGAAAUCUUACACCACUCGUUUUAACCUCCGUUGUCAUCUACGAGUUCACUCCGGAGAAAGGCUUUCUGAGUGCAGGUACUGUGGGAAAUCUUUUACAUCUAAGGCUGCCCUCACACGUCAUCAGAGAUCUCACACAGGAGAAAAGCCGUAUAAGUGCAGUGAAUGUGGGAAGUCUUUUACUUUUAGUUCCAACCUCCGUUACCAUCAGAGAAGUCAUUCUGGAGAAAAGCCUUAUGAGUGCGUUGACUGUUGGAAAUCUUUUUCGUCUAGGUCCUCUUUCACAUAUCAUCGGAAAUCUCACACUGGAGAAAGGCCUUAUGAGUGCAGUGACUGUGGGAAAGCCUUUAAGACUAACUACUUCCUCCGUUGUCAUCAGAGAGUUCAUUCUGGAGAACGGCCUUAUGAGUGCAGUGACUGUGGGAAAUCUUUUUUCUCUAGGUCUGCCUUAAGAUACCAUCAGAAAUCUCACAGAGGAGGAAAGCCUUAUGAGUGCAGUGACUGUGGGAAAUCUUACACCACUAGUUUUAGCCUCCUUAGUCAUCUAAGAGUUCACUCUGGAGAAAGGCCUUCUGAGUGCAGUGAAUGUGGGAAGCCUUUUCUCUUUAAAUCCAGAUUUUGUUCCCGUCAGGAAGUUCAUUCUGGAAAGAGAUCUUAUAAAAGGUGCAGUGAGUGUGGGAAAUGUUUUACCAGUAACAACGCCCUCCGUUACCAUCUGAGAAUUCAUUCUGGGGAAAGGCCUUAUGAGUGCAGUGUCUGUGGGAAAUGUUUUAGGUCUAAGUCUUCUGUCACGUAUCAUCAGAGAUCUCACACAGGAGAAAAGCCUUAUAAGUGCAGUGAAUGUGAGAAAUCUUUUACCAAUAGAUACAACCUCCGUUCCCAUCAGAAAGUUCACACUGGGAAAAAUCCUUAUGAGUGCAGUGACUGUGGGAAAUCUUUUAUGUCUAAGUCUUCUGUCACAUAUCAUCAGAGAUCUCACACAGGAGAAAGACCUUAUAAGUGCAGUGACUGUGGGAAGUCUUUUACUAAUAAAUCCAAUCUGUGUUAUCAUCAGAGAGUUCACACAGGAGAAAGGCCAUAUAAGUGUAGUGAAUGUGGGAAAUCUUUUAUCUCUAGUGAUGCUCUGCGUAUUCAUUAUAGACUUCAUUCUGGAGAAAGGCCUUAUAGAUGUAGUGAAUGUGGGAAAUCCUUUAUCCGUAGAAAUGGUCUCAGAAUACACCAGAGUGUUCACACAGGACAAAGACCUUAUGUGUGUAGUGAGUGUGGGAAAUCCUUCCAUAAUAAGUGUAGGCUUAGUGAACACCACAAUGUUCACACAGGAACUAAACCUUAUAAGUGCAGUGAAUGUGGAAAAUCUUUUGCCUUUAGUCACAGCUUCCAGUAUCAUCAGAGAGCUCAUGCUGGAGAAAGGCCUUACAAAUGCAUUGAAUGUGGGAAAUCUUUUGUCACCAAUUACCUCCUCCGUGUUCAUCAGAGAACUCACACUGGAGAAAGACCUUAUAAGUGCGGUGAAUGUGGGAAAUCCUUUACUUCUAGCUCCAACCUCCGUUAUCACCAGAGUGCUCACACUGGAGAAAGGCCGUUCAAAUGCACUGAAUGUGGGAAAUCUUUUCCCUUAAAUUACCUCCUACGUGGUCAUCAGAAAGCUCACACUGGAGAAGGACCUAAGUGCAGUGAAUGUGGGAAAUCCUUUACCGCUGUCUCCAGCCUCCGUUAUCACCAGAGGGCUCACAGCAGAAAGGCCUUUCAGAUGCACUGACUGGGAAAUCUUUUACCGGUAGUUCCACCGUCAGUUAUCGUCAGAGAAGUCACACAGGAGAAAGGCCUUAAGAGUGCACUGAAUGUGGGAAAUGUCUUAACGGGCAAAUCUUUCUCAAUGUUGGGGACUUCUCAGUAGAGAAAGCCGUGAAUGUACAGGGAAUGUGCAUUUUCCUUGUUCAGUGUAAGGACACUGGGGAAACUGGGGGGCCAUAGGGCUGGGUUGACUCUCACUCCAGGUGCUUCUGAGAGUGGCAUGAGUUUUUUCCUUUUGUUAAAUUAGAGAUUACGGGGUGUUCAGAGACUUUUGAUGGACCUGUGCUCCCCCAGUCUACAAGGAACCUGAUGCUUCCUGAUGUGCACAAUUCUUAGAGGUAAUGGUGCUAGUUGUAAGACCCCUGGGUCCAGUGGAAACCAUAAUCAGUGCAGGAACUGGUCGAAGAGGGAGUGGAGGAGGCUGCAGCCAACUAGAUGGAAUGUGCCUCUUCUAAGAAUGCACCCAGAUGUUCCUGUGACAUUGAGCAUGCAGGAUCGGUUUGUACACAAAUGUUGGGACCUCCAGGUGUGUUUAUUGUGCGUAGCUGGAGUCACCGUCAUGCAAUAUAUGUGGAAGGUUUUGUUUUGGGUUCUGUGGGGGCUAGUGAAUCUGACCUCAAGGCCCUCACUGCAGAGGCAAGACAAAAAGGAGAAGGAGGCUGUGGCUGUUGUGACCCAGGCCGCCUUUGUGUUGCCUCCAGUAGAAGUGUACUUCAUUGCUCCCUGGAUUUGCUGCGACUGAGCUCCGAGUGACCCCCAGCGGGCAGUCGGAGAGAGUUGGUGGAUUCAAUACAGGGUUGCCAAACCUGUUUUCCAAAGAGUGGGAUAUACCAAUUUUUCAUCUUUAGCCAAUUUUUAAAGCUUUAUCAAGGUAUAAUGUACAUGUACUAAGCUGCAUAUAUUUGAAAUAUACAAGUUAAUAAGUUUUCACCUAGGAAUGAGCCUCUGAAUCCACCACAGUCCUGAUCAUGCCCAUGUUUGUUGCGGUACGUUUAGCUCAUGUCCUAUUCUAAUGUCCCCUUGCCCUUCUCACUUCUCCAUUUAUCAUUUGGUUUCCUUUCCCUUACAGUAAAUACCUCUGCAUUUUCGUGAAUUUAUCUGAUUGGAAUCAUAAAGUGUUUACUCUUUUUUUCUUCCUAUUUCCGUUGUUGCCUAGUUACUUGAGAUUCAUCAGCGAUGUAUAUGAGUGACUUAGCUAUUUUCUGUUGAGUAGUAUUCCUUGAGUGUAUCACUGGGCGUUUAUGCAUUCAUAUUUUUCCUGGGUGUUUUCUGGGUGUUAUUUUGCUGGGUUUUCACUAUGGAAAAUAAAGCUGCUACAAACAUUUGUGUCAGUUCUUUAUAUGGAUGUAUGAUUCCUUUAUCUUUCAUUGAUAACUCAGUGCAAUGUGUGAGUC